AUGCCUCCAACUUCAGGGGAAACCCGCUCCUCCAGCACCUGCAGUCAACCACGUACCUCCACUAAGAGCACCUGCUCUUCAGCGCCCUAUGGACAACGUCGCCCCUACACCAAGAGCACUCGUUCUCCAGCUCGUUUACCUGACCAUGGGACAGAAAAUGUGAUAGAGCUUGAUGUAUUCUGUCCUUCCUCCCUGGGCCAUCUGGAGUUUGUGGUGCUGGAAUCAGAGCCGUACCUCCCAUUCUGCUUCCUCAACGAUGACUGGUUCUGCUCUAAAGUAGUGGUGACCACACCAGAGGGAGACACAGUCAACUUCCCCUGUUACCACUGGAUCUCAGGCAAUGAGCGGCUGAUGUUCAGGGAGGCCACUGGUAAACUGAUAUUCAAUGAGACCUGGCCAGAGGCCAUAGAAGAGAGAAAGAAGGAGCUGCAGAGUCGGCAAAAGGUGUACCGCUGGAGUAUAUAUGCCGAGGGUCUACCCCAAAUAAUGGAAUGUGACAGUGCUUCUGAUCUCCCUGCUGAGGUCCGCUUCUCUUUCACCAAGGACUUGGAGUUCAAGUUCACAGCAGUCGAAGCAUUGUUGUCACUCAAACUAGAAACCCAUUCCACCAACAAGAAACAAUGGAAGAGCCUAGAUGAACUCAGUCACGUUUUCAAUGGACACAAGACUGACGUCUAUGAAUAUGUCGAAAAGAACUGGAAGGAGGAUGAGUUUUUUGGGUACCAGCUUCUGAACGGCAUCAACCCCAUGAUGAUCCAUCGCUGCUCCAAGCUUCCAGAGAACUUCCCCGUCACAGAAGACAUGGUGAAGGCUUCCCUUUUCGGAAAAAACCUUGAAGCAGAAAUUCAGAAAGGCAACAUCUUCCUGGUUGACUACAAGCGUCUACAUGGAGUGACAGCAAACGUGAUCCACGGGAAACAGCACUUCUUGGCUGCUCCUCUCUGCUUGCUCUAUGUGACCCCAGAAGAUAAGCUCAUUCCCAUCGCAAUCCAGCUGAAGCAGGAGCCUGGAGAAGACAACCCCAUCUUCCUUCCUACUGACUCUGAGUAUGACUGGCUUCUGGCCAAGAUCUUUGUGAGGAGCGCUGACUUCGCUGAACAUGAGCUGAACUUUCACCUGCUGAGGACUCACCUGCUGGCUGAGGUGUUCGCCGUGUCGACACUGCGUAACCUACCAAUGGUGCAUCCCAUCUACAAGCUCCUGAUCUCUCACUUCCGCUACACUCUGCAGAUCAACACUCUAGCUAGACAGGCCCUCAUAUCAGAGAAUGGGCUGUUCACAGAGGAAGAUGGAUUUUGUGGGACUCUGUGA